AUGCUUUGCGCGAACAGGCCUUCUCUUCAGCCUUUAAUUUGGUCAGCUGUCGCUGGUUGCCUCAGGUUAAGCAAAGCCAGCGCAAACAUCAAUGCUCUCAACAAAAAAGGCCAAUCUGCCAUUCACACUGCGGCACAUGCGGGAUUGGAUGAAGUUGCAAAAUGGCUCACAGACCAUGCCAAUCCUGGGCUCAUCAACGUCCAGGAUAAACAUGGUCGAACGGCGUGGUACUGUGCCACCAGGGCCGGCGAUGUGAAGACAUUGACAGUCUUGAAGGAGAAAGGCCCAGUCACGAAGCUGAAGCCGCACAAGAAGUGGCAAGUGACACCACCACCACCUAAGCCACAGCCGUUGGUCGAUCCCAACCCUGUGAUUGUCAGCAGGCCACCAGAGGCGGAAGAGACCAAACCGGCAAGAGUCGCGAAGCAGCUUUCCAUCCAGGUGGACAAGGAGCCUUCGGCUGACUCCUUUGAGAUGGUUUCACCCAAGAGAACUGCCGACGAACUCCGCCACCUGUCCGACGAGUGCCAGGAUGGUCAGGCGGAUGUGGAUGUUUUGGCUGUUCUACAAGACAAUUUGGCAGAGGAGCGUGAGACACAGCAGCUGCUGCAAGAUGGAGAGGCACUUCUCCAGGAGACGGAGGGGCAGCCUGGUAAUGAUCAUGGAAUCGAAAGUCUUGGCCUCGAGUCUGCGGCAUUUGGAUUUGGGACAGCGUUGGGUCGGUUUGUUCAGUUUGCUGCCGCUUCGAGUUUCCACCUGUCCCUGGGUACUGUCAAGCCAGAUGAGAGUGAGUCGUGUUAUGAGAUCCUUGGUGUGGACCCUGGGGCAUCGUCCUCGGAGAUCCGGCAGGCAUACAGAAAGUUGGCGCUGGCAAAGCAUCCAGAUCGUGGGGGUGAUCCCGAAGAGUUCGCCAGGCUCAGCAAGGCCUACGAGGUCCUGUCGAAUGCCAAGUCGCGAGCCAACUAUGACAAAACUGGGCGAACUUCCAAGCUGACUGCGGAAGAGGAGUUUAUAGAGGCCUUCCGCAGCUCUGCUGCAGAGGCUGCCCCGCAAGAGUCAGCCCGCCCGCCGCCCCGGAGGCCGCGGCCGGAGAAUCACCGAAGUGGUGGAGUACACAGCUUCUCUGCCAAUGUGGGGACCGGGUCGCGAUCGCAAGCGAAAGACACGGGCGUGAUCGGAGAUGCCUUGGCAAGCGCAGUUCAUGGCGCAGUUGGUGCCAGCUUCAAUCCGGGUGCACGAGUGCGGGUCGUCGGACUGGAGAAGCAACAAACCCUGAACUCCGCCACGGGCACCUUGGUGAAGCUUCACAACGAUCGAUGGCAGGUUCGCCUGGAUGGUGAUUUGGGCGACAAGCUCUUAAAGUCCAAGAAUCUAAUACUGGAAGAGAGCCGAGACAUUCCAGAAGCCAAGCCGAAGGAGAAACAGAGUGGGUACCCCACUCGGGUCAGCGUAGAGGAGUCCGAGCCUCCACGCAGAAGUUCGUUCAACCGACCAAGCCCGGAUUUUCUGCGGGUGGACUCCGGGAUGGCCAUUGACAUUGCAGGGAGCUGGAACAGCUGGAGGCCGCAAAGGAUGACGAUGGAACCGAAGCGUCGCUGCCAUAAGUUUCAAGUUCAAUUGCCUUCAAGCUCCAGCGAAAGCUUCCAGCUCUUCGUUCCGGGUGAUGGGCUUGGACGUUGCAUUCAUCCGGACCGCGCAGACGCACAUCCACACGAGUUCCAUCGCCUAAGUGGCCCAGACGACAACAGCAAGGGGUACAGCUGGACCAUCGGAAAGCAUCCUAACGACAAGGCAGUCGCAGGAGCCCGCUAUGAGGUCAUCCUCAUAUACGCUGCAAAUGGCAAACCCGAUCGAGUGGAUUGGGUGCACCUAAACCCGCGGAGCGCGACUGCGCCCAAAGCGUCCUUCCCAGCUCGUUCGGGCAGCAAUGCAAACAAGGCAUACGGGGGAAUGACUGUGGCCGGUUUUCUGCAAGCUGCCAAACCGGAUUGGUCGGCCAAGGAGGUUACAUCUGUGUGUGAGAAGCUGUCCAAGAUCACUGUUGUGGAUUUGCCCAGCUUGUUGCGUGCGUUACAGUCCGAGGGUUCAUCCGGUGUCAACCAAAGGCUCAAGACUGCAGGUGAGAAAGCAUUCACAGACCAGACGGCGCGAGCACUGCGGCAGCAUGCCAAAAAGGUGUCUGACGAAGAGGCCGCGCGCGUCUCGCGUGCCAGUGCACCGCCCGAGCGCGCAGCCCCGUCGCCACAGACCUCGGCGAGCCUGCCGCCACUGCCCACGCAGGAGUACCGUGUGGUUCACGAGUUUGCAUACGUGCGGCAGGACCCUUCCUUGCACUCGCCGCUCUGUGGCAAGAAGGACCAAGGUGAGACGGUACACGCCUGCGAAGAAACUUUCGAUGGCUGGAUAAAGCUGUAUGGGCAGCCGGGAUACAUCAUCAAAGACAUGGCCGGCAAGCAAGGAAUUGGAAAGAUUCUCAGUGCUGUCGGCAAGCAGCCGAGCUUGGUACUCCCUGAACAGCAAGCGACAUCGACGCCGCUGGUCUUUGAAGUCGUCUACAAGCCGCUCGUGGCAGUACGCACUGCCCCAUCCAAGAGUCGGCCGAUUCAGGGGACACGCAAGCUUGGCGAGCAGGUGCGCGCCGAUGCUCAAGGCUACGGCGGAUGGAUCAAGGUUUGUGCCGAGGAUGGAGGUGGUUGGAUGCUGACCGCUGAUCCUGACCUGGGAGAACUACUGAGUUGCAAAAUGCUUGAACAGCGGCAGCAGCAGGUCAAAGCGCUGCACCGGGCGGCAGCAGCAGGCGAUGCCGCUGCGCUCGGCGAUGCGCUGCAUGUCGCGAAGAGGGCCGGCCUCGGCGGUGAGGCGAUUUCCAGCGCAGAGCGGGAUUUGCGACAAAUUCGCGAGCGCGAGGCAGUGCGCAAGGACUUACUUCAGCGCGCGUCUACCGCUAAAACCGACGGAAAGGAUACAAAACUCCGGAACUGCAUCGAAGAAGCCGACCAGCUGGGCUUGGCUCAGGAGAAAAGGGCUAUGCAAGAAGCUUUGGAUAACCUUCUUGUGACCAAAGCCGAGACCCAGAAAGAGCACGACGUCCUCCUGGACAAUCUGGCUGCUGCUGCGGCUAGUGGAGAUGUUGCGCAAGUAAAGGUUGCACGGAAUGCUGCCAAGGAGGGCGGUGUGCCCAUGAAGGAGAUUGCUCGUGUCUUUGCUUUGCACAAUAACCAGGCAGGCGCAUGA